GUUGAAGCCGCCAAGCGUGCGCGACAGAUUGCGCACGAUAUUAUUGUCUGUUUGGAAGUCCUUAGUACUCACGUCAGUGAUUGACAAUUAUUGUUUUAAAUACUAUUCAUUUCAUCCCAUAAUCAUUUAACAUACCAUGUUCUCUUUUCACAAACCCAAAGUCUACCGCUCGUCUACUGGUUGCUGUAUUUGUAAAGCUAAAUCAAGCAGCUCCCGUUUUACGGACAGUAGAAAGUAUGAACAAGAUUUUCUACAAUGCUUCCAAUUGGCUACACCACGUCAAGGUGAAAUAUGUAAUGCUUGCGUGUUACUCGUUAAACGAUGGAAAAAAUUACCAGCAGGUUCAUCGAGAAAUUGGCGACAUGUUGUCGAUGCACGUGCGGGGCCUGGAAUGAAAUCAAUGGUGAAGUUUAAAUCGAAAAAUAAACUAAACGAUGCAGCAUCAGAACGAUUAUCUGAAAUGAAAAUUCGAAGGAAGAAAAAGGAUGUAAGCCAUUCUAAACGUGAAAUAAGUCCAUUUCUAUCUGACGAUAAUACUACUAUUGAUGAAAUUAGUGGUGUUUCAAAUCGAGCGGAUAGUCCAAUAAAUGCUGCAUUAAAUAGUGAUCCUGAAGAGGUAAUGGAUCACAAUUCGAGAGAGAAAACUGUGCAAUCGACUGGCAGUCGAUGUCGAUUGAAAGGUUUUAAGAGUCGCCAUAGGUCACCGUCAUUACCAGUUAGCAGUUUUUUGGACAUGUCAUUUUGGAAAAGAGAGUAUGUUUGCUGUGGUACAGUAUUUAUCGGACCUACUGGUGAAUUGCUAGUGGAUCCUCGUUUUUUGAAGCCAUGUUCCUCACAUCGGAAAGGUGAACAAGUUAAUAAUGAAACAAACGAGACGAAUUCAACAUCAUCAGCGGUACGAUCCCCUGAAUCAGCAUUGAGUAAAUCAACACUAACACUGAAAUCAUUCAGUGACAGUAGUUCAGAUUCCGGAUAUGAUGAAUCAUCAAAUCCAGGUAAUGAAAAUCAUCGGCCUGAAAUAACUGAAUCCGUCGAAGUCGUUAUAGAUUCACCCUUAACCACGAUUCAUUAAUGACAAAUAUUUAUAUAGACUUAUUUAAU